GUGCAAUUAUUUUACUUAUAAAUACUUUAUGUGCAAAACUCUUUAGUCAGUUUUACCACGUUCGCAGCGGCCGAAACACGAUGAUCCGGCUGGUGUUUGGUUCCUUGAUUGGCGCCUUCGUGAUAGCGAAUUUCGUGGACACCUAUAGAUAUAACGAUAAUGACUACAACAAGGAGAAACGUAGGAAUAUUAAAGAUGAGUUUGACAAUUGGAGCGGUCGUUGGAUAUCCGAAAGGCCGAGCGAUCCGAAACUAUCGAAAGUGUUGCCGAAGAAUCAGACGCGAUAUGAAUACGAAUCUGUAACAGAAUUUCCUCGAGAGAUGUACAUGGACUCUGUAUCACCGGAAUGUGACGAUGCUAAGACCAACUUGACUAUCGAUUAUAAUCCAUCGGAUUACACAUGUGAUCAUAAUAUCACAUUAAACAUAUUUAUACUUGCUAAAUUAUUAUGUGUGCAUAUCCCGAAAACGUAUAAGGCUGUUCACGAGUGUAUGAACCAUAGAAUUGAAUAUGACGCCGAAAUUCCUCUCUAUGGUCCGAGUAGACCUUUGUGGCCAGUUUACGGAGAAUAUAAAUACUUGCCCAAACAGAGAUGGGUGCAUAGUCUCGAGAAUGGCGCGAUUGUCAUGUUGUAUCACCCAUGUGCAGAUCCACUGGAAGUAGAACGUUUGAAAAAUCUUGUUAACAAAUGUCUCUGGCGACACAUCAUCACACCAUACAAUUAUCUGGAGGAAAAACGACCCUUGACGCUUCUAUCCUGGGGAUGCAGAUUGUCCAUGUCUUAUGUGAAUCCCACGUUGGUGAAGAAUUUCAUACGCCAUCGAGCUUGCCGCGGUCUAGAGAACAAUGCUGACGACGGUCAAUUCGAAGACGGUCUGCUGAGCCGAUCAAGUAUUGUGUCGGACAAAGUUGAUUCCUCGCUUUGUCCUAAUAUGUAAACGAAUGUACAUGCAUCUAGCUGUAUUAUCGUUGUUUUCUUAUGUGAAAUAUUUAUAGUCAACGUGAAAUUUAUUUAUUUGUGAUUUCAAAGUUACAGUGCUUGUUUCCCACAUGGCUUAUAUAAAUUGGAUCUUAAGAUAUUUCAAUAAAUCGUACAUGAGUACAAA